AUGUCUGAUGGUAAAGGCGCCCCUCACUCACUCCAUAUACCCCUCGAUGCUGACAACGACCUCGCAGCCGACUUUGAGCGCGUGCGCCAGGCCCAGGCGGAGCGCAACGCAACAGGCAAGACAGGCGGCAAAGGCUUCGACCCAUCCAGUCAGCGCACUAACUCCGACAAGGUCUCGCUGAGCGAGAACUUCGACAAGGAACUAUACGGUGACGAAUCAAAGGAUAAGUACGCUGGCUACCACUCCUCCAUCCCCGCGGCAGACGACGAAGAUGAGGACAUGGACAUGGACGGCGAAGGCGGCGGCGGCGGGCGGACAUUGGUCGGGCAGUAUACGGCAACCUCGGCACAGAUCAAUGAAUGGGCGCAGGGCGGGACUGCUGAGGAUGAUAUCCUCGACAGCCGAGAGAAGCAGGCCCAGAUUGCGAACCGUGAGACUGACUAUCAGAAGAGGCGGUUCAAGCGCGAGCUGAGCCCCGGGCGUGGCGAGGACAGAAGCUAUCGAGAGGUCAUGGCGGAGCGGGAAAUUGAGAGAGAAGAAGAGCGUGUGCAGAGGUUACUCGAAGACAAGAAGAAGGAAGCGAUAGCGAAGGGUGACGAUGACGAGAUGGAUGGCGUCGAGCAUCAAGCUACGCUAAAGGAUGAUUCAGGCGAGAACGGAGCGAAUGGUACCAAAGCUGUCGAAGCGCCCAAACCCCGAGCAAAGAAGCGGAGAUGGGAUACAGCGAAGACGGUGGAUGGUUCCGAAGCCAACGGCGAUGCAGCUGUCAACGGAGAAGCGGACACCAAUGGACAUGCCGCAGACGGCGAAGGCCCACUUAAGAAGUCAAGAUGGAAUGUCGAGCCUGAGCCUGUUAGCGCACCUGCCGCUCCUACGAAGCGUUCGAAAUGGGACAUGGUGUCCACGCAAGAUAGUGCAGCACCAAACGGCGGGGUCAACGGGGCAGCAACGCCUGCUCCUGGAGUCAUGACGUUCGGCACUGAUGUCUCGAGUCGCAAUGCACCCCUUUCAGACGAAGAGCUCAAUGAGAUGCUCCCCUCUGAGGGCUACAAGAUUCUCGACCCUCCCCCCGGAUACGAGCCACUUCGGGCACCGGCCAAACGAUUAGCACCACCUCAGACACCAGUAAACACUGGCGGCUUCAUGAUGCAAGAGCCAGUCGAUGCGCGCCAGAUGGGCAAGCAGCUGCCGUCUGACAUCCCUGGUGUUGGUGAUCUCCAGUUCUUCAAGGCAGAGGACAUGGCCUAUUUUGGCAAGCUUGUUGACAACGCCGAUGAGAACGAGAUGAGCGUCGACGAACUCAAGGAGCGGAAGAUCAUGCGCCUGUUGCUCAAAGUCAAGAACGGCACUCCUCCAAUGCGUAAGACUGCUCUCCGCCACAUCACGGACAACGCUCGUGUGUUCGGUGCAGGACCAUUGUUCGACCAAAUCCUACCCCUUCUUAUGGAAAAGUCACUGGAGGACCAAGAACGCCAUCUCCUUGUCAAGGUUAUUGACCGUGUCCUGUACAAGCUUGACGACCUGGUCCGACCGUACGUCCAUAAGAUCCUGGUUGUCAUCGAGCCACUGCUCAUCGACCAGGACUACUAUGCUCGUGUGGAAGGCCGCGAAAUUAUCUCCAAUCUGUCAAAAGCUGCCGGUCUGGCGCACAUGAUCUCUACCAUGCGACCAGAUAUCGAUCACCAAGAUGAGUACGUGAGGAACACUACUGCUCGCGCUUUCGCCGUCGUCGCUUCAGCACUCGGCAUUCCGACUCUACUCCCAUUCCUCAAGGCUGUUUGCAAGUCGAAGAAGUCGUGGCAAGCUCGACAUACUGGUGUGAAAAUCAUUCAACAAAUCCCUAUUCUUAUGGGAUGUGCUGUACUCCCGCAUCUCAAGGGUCUCGUCGACUGCAUAGGCGACAACCUGAACGAUGAGCAGAUGAAGGUGCGGACAGUCACUUCGCUCGCUCUUGCAGCAUUAGCAGAAGCGUCGAACCCAUUCGGUAUUGAGAGCUUCGACCCGAUCCUUCACUCCCUCUGGACUGGUGCACGCAAGCAGCGUGGUAAAGGUUUGGCCGGGUUCCUCAAAGCCGUUGGCUACAUCAUCCCGCUCAUGGACGAGGAGUACAGCAAUUACUUCACCUCCCAGAUCAUGGAGGUGCUACUGCGCGAGUUCCAGAGCCCCGACGAAGAGAUGAAGAAGGUCGUGCUCAAGGUCAUCAGCCAGUGCUCCGGCACGAGUGGCGUUACGAGCGCUUAUCUCAAGGAGACUGUGCUACCGGACUUCUUCAAGAGCUUCUGGGUGCGCAGGAUGGCUUUGGACAAGAGGAACUACAAGCAGGUUGUUGAGACCACGGUUGACCUUGGCAAUAAGGUGGGCGUAGGUGAAAUCGUGGAGAGGAUCGUGAACAAUCUGAAGGACGAGAGCGAAGCCUACCGGAAGAUGACGGUGGAGACUAUUGAGAAAGUCAUCUCUGCUAUGGGUGCUGCCGACAUCAACGAGCGCCUGGAGGAGAGACUUGUGGAUGGCAUCUUGCACGCUUUCCAGGAGCAGAGUGUUGAGGACAUCGUUCUGCUGAACGGAUUCGGGACCGUCGUCAAUGCCCUGGGCACGAGGUGCAAGCCUUACCUGCCGCAGAUUGUUUCCACCAUACUCUGGCGCCUCAACAACAAGUCCGCUACUGUCCGCCAACAGGCCGCCGACCUCGUCACUCGGAUUGCUAUCGUCAUGAAGCAGUGCGGCGAAGACGGCCUGAUGGGCAAGCUGGGCACUGUCCUCUACGAGUACCUGGGUGAAGAGUACCCCGAAGUGCUGGGAUCGAUCCUAGGCGCCAUGAGGAGCAUCGUCACGGUUGUCGGCAUUUCUAGCAUGCAGCCGCCGAUUCGUGACCUCCUCCCACGCCUGACUCCCAUCCUUCGCAACCGACACGAAAAGGUCCAGGAAAACACUAUUGACCUAGUCGGCCGUAUCGCUGACCGCGGCCCCGAGAGCGUCAACGCGCGCGAAUGGAUGCGUAUCUGCUUCGAACUCCUGGACAUGCUGAAAGCACACAAGAAGGGUAUCCGCCGCGCCGCCAACAACACUUUCGGCUUCAUCGCAAAGGCCAUCGGUCCUCAGGACGUCCUUGCAACGCUACUCAACAAUCUACGUGUGCAAGAGCGUCAGAGCCGUGUUUGCACUGCCGUCGCCAUCGGUAUCGUGGCCGAGACUUGUGCGCCGUUCACUGUCCUGCCUGCGCUCAUGAACGAGUAUCGCGUACCAGAGCUCAACGUUCAGAACGGCGUGCUCAAAUCGCUCUCUUUCCUCUUCGAGUACAUCGGUGAGAUGGCCAAAGACUACGUCUACGCCGUCACACCCCUCCUCGAAGACGCGCUCGUCGAUCGCGACCAAGUACAUCGCCAGACCGCCGCUUCCGUCGUCAAGCACGUCGCUCUCGGUGUAGUCGGCCUGGGCUGCGAAGACGCCAUGCUCCAUCUGCUCAACCUCCUCUACCCGAACCUUUUCGAAACCUCCCCGCACGUCAUCGAUCGAGUCAUCGAAGCCAUAGAUGCCGUCCGCUUGGCUGUCGGCACCGGCGUGGUGAUGAACUAUGUCUGGGCUGGGCUGUUCCAUCCUGCGAGAAAGGCCCGCAAACAAUUCGACUCUAUCGCCGACGACGUCGAGCGCCACUUUGACCUCGUCGCCUCCCACCUCCGCGAAUGGAUCCCGCACGAAACGCCCCUCUCCCGCCCUUCGCCCGCCCCUCUCCCUCCUCCCACUACGCUACAGGUCGCGCAACGAUGGAUCGCACGGAAUCGCGCGGUUAGCGCUGCUGUGUUGGCUUUUCUCGUCACCGGGAGUGUUGGAGGUUGGGUGUACGUGAGGAGUCAGCGUAGCAGGCGGAAGAGAAGGGCGAGGAAGAGUCCCAGUGGCGCUCGGACGGACGUCGUGGUCGUGGCAGGCGGGGUGGCGGAUCCGCUGACUUCAGCGCUGUAUCUGGACUUGGAACGACGCGGUUACGUGGUGUACGUCGUCGCCAACACGGCGGAAGAUGAACGCUAUAUCCGCUCCCAGUCAAGAGCGGAUUUACUGCCGUUGCAAUUGGAUCUCGUGGAUCCGGGGAGGGCUGGACAGCAGAUGCGGCGGUUUGGGGAGCUGCUGGGGCGGGAACAUAGGGCUUUUGAGGGCGCGGAGGCGCAUUUGUUGCGGUUUGUCGGGUUGGUCGUCGUACCGUCUACAUCCUCCCCAGAGCCGGCGAGGAUAGAGGAGGUAGGCUCAGAGGAGUGGAGCGACGCGCUGAACGCCAAAGUCCUCAACACGAUCGCUACAGCGCAACUCUUCCUCCCCGCCGUGGUCGCGCAGAAAGCGAAGAUCCUGCUCCUCGCGCCCUCGGUAACGCCAGCGCUGAAACUCCCCGGACAUGCGGUGCAGAGUACAGUCUACGGCGCCCUCGAAGGCUUCACCUCCACGCUUUCCGCCGAAAUGCUGGAGGAAGGCGUGAGCGUUUCCAAGUUCAAGUUGGGCAACAUCGAUAUCCCCGCCGUAACAGCAAAACAGCGCCGCGAGGCGGCGGGAGGGCAGGCGGUUUCGAGGGUGAAAGCUACGCCGGUGCGGAAGCUGCAGGAUGCGGUGUUUGAUGCGUUGGUGGCGAGGCCGGGGCGGGGGAGGGGAACGUGGUAUGUUGGGCGCGGGAGCUUGGCGUAUGAGGUUGUGGGGAAUUGGGUGCCGCAGGGGGUGGUGGGGUGGAUGAUGGGAGGGCGGUCGAGGGCGAGGGGGGUGGAGGAGAGGGAAGAGGAGGGCAUGGGGAGUAGUGCGGGGAGUUUGACGUGGGAGAAGGUUGAGCAGGAGGAGUGA